CGGGGUUCCCCAACAAAGUGAAUAAAGCUGGUGUCAAAUACUACAGCGAUCUCAUUGACGCCCUCAUCGCAGAGGGCAUAGAACCAAUCAUCACGCUCUAUCACUGGGAAUUACCAGUGAUAAUUCAAGACAUGGGUGGCUGGACUAAUCCCUUGAUAGUAGAUUGGUUUGGAAACUAUGUGAGGGUGGUGUACAAACUUUAUGCUGACCGCGUCAAAACAUGGCUCACCAUAAACGAAGCUAUUGUUUUUUGCGAUUAUGGUUACAAUUCAGGAGAUUAUGCUCCAAAGGUCAAGGAGCCAGAAUUCGCUCCUUUUUUGUGCAAUAAACACGUAUUGCUUGCCCAUGCCAAGGCUUACAGAAUAUUUGAUCAAGAAUUUAGACCCAAAUAUACUGGAAGAAUUUCCAUCCCGAACAACAUGUUGUGGAUUGAACCUUUCUAUCCUAAGGACGUGGAACUGGCUGAGCUUGGAAGGGAAAAUGCGGUUGGCAGAUAUUGUCAUCCAAUAUUUUCGGAAAGUGGUGGGUGGCCACUCUCUAUCGAAAAGGCUAUGCUGGAGUACAGUCUGACACAUGGAUACAAUGAGUCGACGCUUCCUUCUUUUACGGAUGAGCAAAAAGCAUUUGUUAAAGGUACAGCGGAUUUUUUAGCUAUGAACCAUUACACCUCAUAUAUGAUCAGACCAGCAAAGCUUGGAGAGGACAUUGGCUUCUGGUUUUUAAAUGGCUCACCGCACUUAAAUGCCAUAUUGGAACAUCCUCCCAAUGCACUUUAUGGCGCUUCUAAAUUGUUACCGUUUUACCCCGAAGGCAUCCGGAGACAAAUGGCAUGGUUGAAAAAACAGUAUGGAAACAUUGAUAUCUUAAUCACAGAGAACGGCUACGCUUCUGCGGGCAACCAGCUCGACGACUAUGGCAGAAUUGACUUCUACAAAGCGUAUUUGGAACAGGUGCUGCUGUCCAUCAAAGUGGACAACGUUAGCGUUAUUGGGUUUACAGCGUGGUCACUCUUAGACAACUUUGAAUGGACGCAAGGAUAUGAAGUUAAAUUUGGACUUUACGAACUUGACUUAGAAGAUCCUGAUCGUAGAAGAACACCUCGAGCCUCGGCACAUUUCUACGCAUGCGUAAUAAAGAACCGGACACUUGAUGAAACUUGCCUAAAUAAGCAAUUCAUCGCAGGACGAUCCUAUCAAAGUAAUGCAAGAAAUACCGCCUCAAUUACGCUAUACAGCGGUAAUAUUCUGCUUACUUUCUUAUUUUUAUUCUAUAUAGUCGAUAUUCUGUGAUUAUAUUUUGAAGCGAUUAUGUCUAUGGGCGAAGUUGACCUCUUCACAUUAGUUUGACCAUUUGUUUAGCUUCCUUAGCCAAAAUAAAUUCAGAAAAUAAUUACUAGAACUAUAUAGUUAAAAUGUUCCAUCAAUAAAAAUCCAUUCAAAAAUUCUAUAGCGCAUUUCAAACUUACUCCUCAGUAGAUAUCAACUCGCAUGGAAAUCUCAUAGCUGCAUAUUUUUAAUAGCUCUGCUAUAUGAUACCGUUCCACUCAUCUACUUAUGUCCACUUCAAUUCUAAUUUCCGAAGUCCCGAUAAGAACUUCGCCGAAAAACACGUCAAUUUUUUCGCGAAUCCGCGAUGAAUACCAGUAAUUAUUUUAGAUCUACAAUGAUAUCCCGUCAACUCAGUGUCCAAAUAUAUAUUUGUCUUUGCUUUCCUGUGUUUGGAAUUGGCUAUAAUAUGAUAUCGAAUGAGAGUAUCAAUCAAAAAUCAAAAUCAAAACAUCCUUCAAUCAGGUAGGCUCAUAAAAGCACUUUUAAAUCAUCAAAUUACACUGUU